AUGGAAUUUCCCUUAAUUUCUCAAUCCAAUAUUCUGAAAAAAAUCAUUUUACUAAUCUCUUUACUAAGCACCGUCACAGCAAACGCGGAAAACGGUGAUAUUGAUCUAUUCUCCGAAGCAUGCAGGAGAACGGAAAACACUGAAUUAUGUUUCUCUCUAUUGAAACACGAUAACAGGACUAGCAAGGCUACUACACUUCACGAUAUCGGAGUAGGCACUCUGAGCAUGGCGAUAGAACAAUCAAACUUAUCGGUGAAACUUCUAAGGAAUUCACUCGGGAAAAAAUCUCUCGCUGCUAAAGACAGGCCCCCGUAUGUAAAGUGUCGUCAAUGUUACACGACUGCCCUUGCGAAGCUAAGUAAAGCACAAACGCAAUUUCGGGAUAAUAAAUUUCCGUUCGCAAGAAAAAAUGUUGAGAAUGCAAAAUCUGCAGCUAAUGCUUGUGAAGGACUAAGAUCGCCGCCACCUGGACUCAAAACUGCAAUUGAGGCGUCGAAAAUUAUGUUAAGCGCUACUUAUAUCCUCAUGCAGGGAUAG